UCCAUCUUUUCUUUCCCCCGCCACGGCGCUACUCACACAACACAUCUGAUUUCCAAUUCACCGCUUUUUCUAUGCGCUUCGCUCAUAAAAUGGAUUGAUGCAUAUUUAUGUUUUUUUUUUUGGUUUGAAUUUGUUUUUGUUAAUUUCACUUCUGGAUCUAGGAAUAUGUUAUAGAUGUACACUUGUUAGGGGGCAAUCGUGUUUUUGUUUUAAUUGGAUUUGUUUUAAGGGAUUGAUAAUUUGGAUUUGAUUGAAUAUUGGUGGAGGAGAUGACAUGAUUUGUGCACCAAUAGAAUAGAAUUUAAAAAAAAAAUAUGCCUGGAAUAGCGCAGAGAAAUGAUCAUCAAUACGCCAACGGCGCGGCGGUGUUGUUUAAUGGAUCCGUUUCCACCACUGGGUUCUGGUCAAAACAUUGUGACGAUGUCAGCUACAAUCAGCUCCAGAAGUUUUGGAGUGAGCUGUCAUCGCAAGCUCGGCAUGAACUUUUGAGGAUUGAUAAGCAAACCCUUUUUGAGCAAGCUCGUAAGAACAUGUAUUGUUCUAGAUGCAACGGGUUACUGCUGGAGGGUUUUUAUCAAAUUGUCAUGUAUGGAAAGUCGUUGCAAGAGGAGGGAGUGGGCAUACACCAUCCAUGCAAUAGCCUAGGGACUUUGAAAAAUCAAGGUGAAGAUGAUGUACAAGCUCCGUCUGUACAUCCUUGGGGAGGUCUAACCACAACUCGAGACGGGGCUCUUACCUUACUAGACUGUUAUAUAUACACGAAAUCUAUGAAGGGGCUGCAAAAUGUUUUCGACAGCGCACGUGCAAGGGAGCGGGAAAGAGAAUUGCUUUAUCCUGAUGCAUGUGGUGGAGGUGGCAGAGGGUGGAUAAGUCAAGCAAUGUCAGGUUAUGGAAGAGGGCAUGGAACGAGAGAAACAUGUGCUCUCCACACUGCCAGACUCUCUGUUGACACAUUGGUGGAUUUCUGGUCAGCCCUUGGAGAAGAGACUCGGCAGUCACUUUUAAGAAUGAAAGAAGAGGAUUUUAUUGAAAGGCUGAUGUACAGGUUUGAUAGCAAGAGAUUUUGUAGAGACUGCAGAAGGAAUGUUAUCCGCGAGUUCAAGGAGCUAAAGGAACUGAAGCGAAUGAAAAGAGAAACUCACUGCACCAGUUGGUUUUGUGUGGCAGAUACAACAAUUCAAUAUGAGGUCUCUCAAAAUUCAAUCCAAGCAGAUUGGCAUCAUACCUUCAUUGACACCUCAGGAACAUAUCAUCAUUUUGAAUGGGCUGUUGGAACUGGAGAGGGAAAAUCUGAUAUAUUGGAGUUUGAAAAUGUUGGUUUGAAUGAAAGAGUUCAAGUGAAUGGUUUAGACCUCUGCAGUUUGAGUGCAUGCUAUAUCACUCUUCGGGCAUGGAAAAUGGAUGGCCGAUGUUCCGAACUUUCUGUUAAAGCUCAUGCACUGAAGGGGCAACAAUGUGUACAUUGCAGGCUUGUGGUUGGUGAUGGUUUUGUUACAAUUACACGAGGGGAAAACAUCCGAAGGUUUUUUGAGCAUGCUGAAGAGGCUGAGGAAGAAGAGGAUGAUGAUGGUAUGGACAAGGAUGGAAACGAUCUUGAUGGUGAAUGCACCCGUCCUCAAAAACAUGCUAAGAGUCCUGAACUUGCUCGAGAGUUUCUUCUUGAUGCCGCAACUGUAAUGUUCAAGGAACAGGUUGAAAAAGCUUUCAGAGAAGGAACAGCUCGCCAAAAUGCACAUAGUAUAUUUGUGAGUCUUGCAUUAAAACAACUGGAAGAACAGGUUCACGUGGCAUGCAAGGAGAUUAUCACCUUAGAAAAACAGAAGAAACUUCUUGAAGAAGAAGAGAAGGAAAAACGUGAAGAAGAAGAGCGCAAAGAGAGAAGGAGAUUAAAAGAAAAGGAGAAAAAGCUUCGAAGGAAGGAGAGAUUAAGAGAAAAGGAGAAGGACAGGGAGAAAAAGAGUCAUGUAACAAACCAAAAUCAUGAAGAAGUAUCGGAGGAAUUGACACAUUGCACUAAUGAAGAGUCUAAUGUUAUUGACAGCGGGCACUGUGUGAGUGAGAUGGAGGAGCCAAAUCCAUCUAGCCCUUCUUGUCUAGACAUCCAAAAUAACACAGUUCAAACCGGGUAUAGUCCUUCAGAUAUGCAAGUUUGCACUGAUGGGGAUGUUGCCAACAUGAAAGAUGAAAGCGAGUCUUCUGAAUUUGAUCAUUUGAAACAUUCUUGUCAGAAGCUGAAGUAUCCGAAAGAAUUUGAACUAGAUUCAGGCUUGAAAUGGUCAGAUAGGCGGCAGUUUGCUGUUUCAGAGAAUGAGGGUAUGGUUGGCAAACAUGAAGGAAGACAUCAGGGUGAUGGUUCUGAAAUAUCAAGGAGUAACAAUCGAUUAAAUAAGCAGUUAAGAAAUAACUCAGCAAAGUCCAAUGUCAGAGUUGGUGGUCCCAAGUUUGCUGAGAAAUUUUAUUGUCCCGUUAAUCGAUUGAAUGGCAGAUAUGACUCCCAUGCUUGCAACUGUAAUACACACACUGAAUACAGAGUGAAGGCAGAUCCUUGCAUUCCCAGAUGGACCCGGGAGACUAAAGCAGUGAAUAAGUCAGAAUCUGCAUCUGAUAUAUCCAAGCCUUAUUACCGUGUUAGCAAGUGUACUCGACCUGAAUACGUGUGUGAGAAUUUUGCAAGACCUAAAAACAAAAUUACUAUAUGGAGUAACGCUUCUAACAGGGAUUCACCUGUUACCAAGAAAGUAUGGGAACCAACGGAUUCACAGAAGUAUCCACGAAGCAACUCGGAUUCCAAUUUGACAUUAAGAUCUACACUUCAGACUGGCGCUAGUGACACUUAUAAGCAUCUUGAAUCUUCUGCUACCAAUAGCUCUGAUGAAGUAUCCGAGAUUUCUGUUCAGAUGAUUGCUGAAGAGAAGGUUGCACAAGAGUUGAUUAAGUCUAGCUCUGAAACCGACAAUAAAUGCCAUAGCAGUUUUGAUUUGGAAGCAAAAUCCCCGCUAUGCAUGAAGGAAGUAGCUGAUGAGGGAAAUGAUUCGUGUCAGAGAAACUUAUCUUCUAUACGAGGGACUUCAAAUUUAUCAACAAGCAGCUCCUCUAAUUCUGAUAAUUGCUCAUCCUGCCUCAGUGAAGGUGACAGCAAUACAUCCUCUUCAAAUCUUCUAAACCCAGAAUCUUCAUCCACAUCGGAUUCAGAAGAGUCGAGCCAAAAUUCAGAAGGAAGGGACACAAAUCUGUGUCUUCAUAAUGGCUUCAACGAAUGUCAGGACGAAGUUAGACCACAAAAAAUUGAGUGUGUUGGAAGAGUGCAGGAUGUAAAAAUCCUGGCCCCAGUGUCUGUAGGAACUGAAUCUUUGGUAAACUUGCCUCCAAUGUUAGCCCCAAGUUCUAAUAGCGCGAGAUUGAAUGCUACUCUGGGAAUUCAACCCCAAGCUGUGCUUCCACCGCCAGUUCACAAUCAGAAUGUGCAAUUCCCGAUGUUUCAACAUCCUACAAUGGGCUACUAUUAUCAGAGUCCAGUUUCCUUGGCUGCAGCUCCUGCAAAUGGUUUAAUGCAGUUUCCCCAUUCUGGUCAAUAUCUAUUCGGGAAUCCUUAUGGAUACGGCCUAAAUGGGAGCACGCCAUUCAUGCAUUAUGGUGCCUUACAACAUACAUCUCAACCGCUGUAUAAUUCUGGGUGUUUGCCUGUGUUUCAAUCAACUGCCCAAACCAAAGGCAUUAAUUCAAGUGAACAUGCCAAGGGGACAAAAGAAAACCAUCAUGAAGACAGUGUUGAGAGGACGUCUCGUACUGGGCUGCAGGCAACAGAAGCAGCACCUACUAGCGGAACCACUGGGAAAAGCAGUAAGUUUGAUGUGGGAAACCCGGGCUUCUCUCUUUUCGCCUUCUCUGAUCCCGCCUCUGUAAAAGAGGGCAUUGCUGGAAAUUUCAGUCAAAAUUUGUCGAUGCAUCGUACAAAGGGCGAUGAUCAUGACUGCAACAAGAAGUUGGCUCCUCCUGUUGAAGAAUACAACCCGUUCGCGAAUGGCAUUAAGUUCUCAUUUGCAGAUAUAGUUAUCUAGGGAAAGUGAGGUGGCUAUCUAUCUAAAGUUUUCAUUGUCCAUUCUCCAGUGAGUGAUGGAAGCUCGAGUACUUGUAAUUCAGUACACCCAAUAAUCCACCUCUGAAAAGGGCUCUCUCCAUGAUUUAGUUGAUUGGUAUAUUUUGUUUUGGCCUUUUCAUUAUAUAUUUUUUUUCCUGAUAUAGUGAGCAAACGAUAGAUAGAGGUUUCAUAAAAGCUUUUAAGGUUUUCUGUACUUUCAGUUCUUUCUUAUAUAUAUUAUAUAGGUUAAUGGAGCAUUUGAUUGGCUUGA